UACUCCUUGCAGGUAUUCUUAGUAGCUAUGGUGGCGAGCUGCAACGGGGGUUACUUGGGUUCACCCUCGUACCAGGACGGUCCUCUGCAACCACAGGCCGCAGCGCCAAAGUACGCACCUCCGGCGCCAGUGGGUCAAGACGGGAACGUGAUCGACACACCGGAAGUAGCCCAAGCGAAGGCCGCCCACUUCGCCGAGUUCGCCAGGGCUGCGGCCAGAGCCGCUGAAGAGCGGAAAAAUCAACCUCAAUCGUUAGACUACGGUCAAGUUCCGGCUUACAAUUUACCUCAGGCGCAGCCUACCUCUGCUACUUACUUAAGGCAGCAGAGCUACCAACAACCUCAGCCUGUGUACCAAUCUGCUCCAGCUCCAUCGAUGUAUAGUCAGCAAGCAAGCCCUGCCAAUUAUCAGCCGCAGUACACAGGGAACUCGAAUUUCAUAGGCCAGCCGAGUUACAGCGCAGGGAAUGUGAAACCCACCCCAUUCGUCCCUGCGCCCUUAGCCGAGGACGGGACCGUAAUCGACACCCCGGAAGUAGCCGCGCUUAAGGCCGCCAGACUGGCGGAACUCGCCGAGGCCGAAGCCAGGGCCUACAAGUUUGCUCAAGAAUACAAACCGGAAGCGCAAGGCCAAGGUAUGUUCACAGGAAAAUCAUAUCAAAUAAUAAUAA